AAUCGAUUCUACGGUAGUAACAAAUUCAAUUGGCGGAAACGAUUUUAUAUCAGUGAUGGAUUUAGCUCAUAAAACCAAUUCUGCAAUAGCAGCGAAUUCAAUUGUUGAAACUCAUUCUGUAACAAUACCAGAUUUAAGUGGUUUCAAUCAAUUGAACCAAUUGAAUCCGUUAUUGUUGUAG